CAGCAGUCUAUACUUGAUAACUUGAAUCCACAGUUGAUCAAAGAAGGACUUCUCAUGCGACCCAAAGAAGGGCAGCAAACGGAAGCUAACGAAAAGUCCAGAACGGACAGAUUACGACUCAGUAUAGCAGACAAACUUCAACGAGUCUUCGACAUCAGUGACGACGACUACUUCUACGGUAACUACAGUGCCUGGUUGAUCAGAGAUGUCUUGCUUCAGGGACACUUAUAUUUGACUCGAGAUUCCAUCUUAUUCUUUGCUUUUUUACCCAAAAGGUACUCUGUGACUCUGGAAUCAGAGUCCAACUACGACGACUCCAACAUCGUUGUCCAGUCUGGUACCUUAGGUUUGAAGACAGGCAAGUAUGGAGAUUCGAUGUUCACUACUGUAUUGACCCAUAGAUACUGGGCCGUACUCCGUCUGGAAACAUUGAGCAUCUACAGCUCUUCCACAGACUUGUAUUUCCCAAAGGUAGUCAUUGACUUGAAGACAUGUAUUCGGGCAGAAAUCGCAGAUAAGGACAGGACAGAAAUUGUCAGAGGUUCGUCGCCGCCCAGAACACCUAGAGUGGGAUCUGGCACCGCCACGCAUUCGCCUAUCUCGCGUCGUGGAUCAGGAGAUAAUAGCACGGAUGAAGAGAUUGAGAUCAGUAACAUCUUGGCUCAAGAGUCCAUUGCAGUGUCCGAAGACAACUUUGAGAAUGCUUCCACCGGUGUCUGGAUCAAACUCAUCACCAAGAAGAAAAACUACAAAUUUUUUUGUGACAGUUUGUUUUCAGCCAGACAAUGGUGCAACAACAUUACCAAGUUGAUUUUUCAGUUGAACAACUCCAAUGCUGGAAACGAAGUCUUGCUCAAGAUUCCCAUUGAAGAUAUCGUGGACUAUGAAAAGAGUAAACUCUUUGAAGAAGACUCCAAAGAUUCAAAUGUCCCUGAAGAUGAAAUCCCAGUCAGUAUGAGUUUCUCGAAGAAGUUGGGUGCAUUUGAUAUGAGCAAGAAGAGGUCAUCAUCUUCAGCUUCGUUGAAUUCAGAUGGCCAGUCAAGUCUUGACCAUAUCUUCUUUAUGUUCUUUAGAGACGGCCAUCUGUUCUAUGAAAGUCUCAAUGCGGUCAUUUUGGACCACAAGAAUCGUUUGAACGAGCAGUCUGAAGCACUGGAUUCAUCUGAUAAGUUUUUUGAAAAAGCAAAGAAGAUUCCUCCUCAAAUACUUUCUCCAACGCUGUCAACCAAUCGUAUAAAGAAGCUUGGUAGAACUCUUUCCAAUCCUGCCAAAUUAUUGACUAUCUCAAGAAGGUCACUGGAAGAUCUGGCCAAUAGUGAAAGGUCAUUAAAUGAUUUGGAUUUCAUUUCAAGCCCAGAUCUUUAUGUAAGUAACCAGCAGCUCAACUUCCCCAGGCCACUCACUAUAUCUGGUCUCAAGAGUAUGCAGAUGUCUUUUGAGACUUCCCAAAAGGAUCCCAACGAAGCGGAGUCUGAGUUUAAAAAGAAUGAAGUUAAAGAUUUCAUUGAUGAUGAAGAUGAAGAUAAAUCUCUAAUGGCAAUUGGUAAAAGUAUCAAGGCCUUUUCCAAAGUUGGUAGUAAAUGGUCAGCAUUCCCAGCUCAUUUUGCUGAACAGGAUGGAAUUGACGAUGAUUUCUUUGUCCAAAACCAAGAAGUUAGAGAACUCACUGAGCGUCACUACCAGGAACACUUCAGUUUGAAUAAGGAAAAGAAAUUAGUGGCUACUUAUUAUGCACAUUUGCAGCGGUCAAUUCCAGUAUAUGGAAAGGUCUACCUUGGAGAUACAGAUAUCUGCUUCAGAAGUUUAUUGCCUGGCGUGCAAACAAAGAUGAUUUUACCAUUGUCUGAAGUUGUCAACUGUUACCGAGAAAAAGGGUUGAAAUUGACGUACUCUGGUUUAGUUAUCGUCGUUAAUGGCCAGCAUGAGUUGUUCUUGGAAUUCAGUUCUCAAAAAUCAAGAGAUGACUGUGAAUUCAUGAUAUUGUCCCAAUUGGAAAAACUUCAUGGUGGAGAAACUUGGGCGCCGAGCCCACAUCAAUGGGGUUCAAACUAUGAGAUGGAGUUGACAAAGACCAGGUUAAUGACAGGUGUUGAGGAUCAUCCGACGGAGUUUUCCUUCAGUGAACAGGACCUCAAGAGAGCCAGAACCAGAAUUGAAAAUGCAAGAAUCAAGAUGUUUGAAGAUAAAUUUAACGCUGCUGCUGGUUUGGACGUUCCUAUUAUUUUGGAAGAUUCGCCUUUAUUUAAGACAGAGAUCAAACCUUCGACUUCUUAUAACUUCACGUUAUUGACUAUUGGUUCAAGAGGUGAUGUUCAACCUUUCAUUGCUUUAGGCAAAGGUUUGAUGAAAGAGGGUCAUAAUGUUACAAUUGCUACCCAUGCCGAAUUUGAAGACUGGAUAGUGAAGCACGGCAUGAAGUUCAAACUAGUCUCUGGUAAUCCUGCUGAGCUUAUGUCUUUGAUGGUUACUCAUGGAUCGAUGUCUGUUGGGUUUUUGAAGGAAGCUUCUUCUAAAUUCAGAGGUUGGAUCAAUGAAUUAUUGACAUCAAGUUGGCAAGCAUGUCAAGGUGCUGAUAUCCUAAUUGAAAGUCCUGCUGCUAUGGCAGGUGUCCAUAUUGCUGAAGCAUUGGGUAUCCCUUACUUGAGGGCUUUUACGAUGCCAUGGACUAGAACUAGAGCUUACCCACAUGCUUUUAUUGUUCCUGAUCAAAAGAAAGGUGGAUCCUACAACUACUUGACACACGUUAUGUUUGAAACGGUAUUUUGGAGAGGUAUCUCAGGACAGAUUAACAAAUGGAGAGUGAAAGAAUUGGGUUUACCAAGUACAAAUCUAUUCAGAUUGCAGUCGACCAAAAUUCCAUUUAUGUACAAUGUGUCUCCAACCAUUUUCCCACCAGCAGUUGAUUUUCCCGAUUGGGUCAAGGUCACUGGGUACUGGUUUUUGGAUGAAGGUGCUGCUGCUGAUUACAACCCACCUGAAGAAUUGAUCGAGUUCAUGGAGCUUGCCAAUGAAGAUGGAAAGAAAAUCGUGUAUAUUGGAUUUGGCUCCAUUGUUGUCAAGGAUGCAAACAGCUUGACAAGAGCUAUUGUCGAGGCAGUCUUGGAUGCGGACGUAAGAUGUAUUUUGAACAAGGGUUGGUCUGACAGACUUUCCAAGAACCAGUCUGAGCCAGUUGAACUCCCUCCUGAAAUCUAUGAUUCUGGUUCUAUCCCACACGAUUGGUUAUUUCCUAGAAUUGAUGCUGCAGUGCAUCAUGGUGGUUCUGGUACAACAGGGGCUACCCUAAGAUGUGGCUUACCUACCAUAAUAAAGCCAUUCUUUGGCGACCAAUUUUUCUACGCUUCCAGAGUGGAGGAAAUUGGAGUUGGAGUCGGGUUGAAGAACUUGAAUGCCAGAUCUUUGAGUAAGGCCAUUACCAAAGUAAUUUCUGACUUGAAGCUUAUUGAGAGGUCCAAGAAGGUCGCAGAAAAGAUCAAACGAGAAAAUGGUGUAAUGACAGCGAUUGAAACGAUUUAUUCAGAGUUAGAAUAUGCCAGGAACUUGAUUUUGUCCAAACAACAGCACAACGAGAACUACAGAUUACAUAUGGGUACACCAUCUGGUAUCCAAUCGCCUAAUGUUGAAGAGGACGAUGAGUACACCGACACAGAAAAGGAAGAAGAUGAAGAAGACUACACUGACGAAAGCGAGGACGAAGGAGGAGAUGAUUACGAAGCUCACGAAGAUAAUUUUAGUAUUAAUAACAAC